AUGACUUCUACCGUUCACGACCCUCGACUUCUUUUCAGCGUCAACAACAUUCUUGCUUUCCAUAUUCAGAAUGGCGAAGAAUCCGAACUCACCCCGUCGGGACCCCAGACGCUGUCUCUGUUAAUGGUGCCGACAACCACAUCUGCCGCUCAAGGGCAAGAUGCACCGCCCGAAGAAGAUUUCUACCUUCAUAUGCACCUCCCACCAGAGCUGGACAUGGCGCUGCCUGCGACCACCCAGAUCUACCACCAACCCCCCAACAGCUACUUGAUCCCUCGUUGGGAUCUCGGACCCGACGCCGGCGCUUUCAUUCGUAUCCAGUUCCCAUCCAUCGGAAGCGGACCUGAUAAAGUCACUCAGGAGGAUGUCGACACAUUUGAGACCAUUCUUGCCCAAUGCACCGCAUUCCUCGAACGUGCCUCUGUGCCGAAGGACCAUGCGGCCUACAACCCGGCCGACUUUGCUCCUGGGGAGGCAUAUGUUUCUUCCCCCGCCGCUGAUAGGAAAGACCCACAUGGGCGCAUUGUGCUGGUCGAUGAGGAGAAUGGAAGCGUGGUUGGUGAGAUGGAAGGAUAUGAUGUGGUUGAAGGACCCGGCGUCAAACCGGGCUCGAAAAGUACGCUGCAUUGGACCCCUCUCACAACGCGUACCGUGACUGACCGUUUUGUCAAUGUAGGGCCUGUGGAAGUUCAACUCCCUGCAGAAGGUGAGGGCAACCAAGUCAAUGUCAACAAUGUGUCAGAGGAGUACCUGGCGACAGCCCGACAUCCCGCAUACAAGGACUCUACUCUCGUCCAGACAUCUGCUACUGCUUCACGAUUGAUUGUCACCGGGUCAACGUACCUGGCCAAUGCAAUGGCCAGUGGAGCUGACAGCUUCACACGGAAGACAAAGCCCAACCCGAAGCCUAUGACCUUCUCUGAGACCACUCAUGCCAGAGUCCGGAAGGUUGGAACUUUCUCCCAGGGUGCAGCCGGUGUCUCCUCUCGCACGGUAGGACAGGUGGGGAAAUAUGCGCAGAACUUCGGGGCCUCCUUGUCUCGCCGCAAAGAUAACAACAGCAAGGGCAAGAGCCUUGACCAGGGGCACAGACCCGGCAUGCUGAACAAGUCUAUGAUCGCCUUCUCAACACUGGCCGAUGGUAUCGAGCAGGGCGCUCGAAACGUGCUGACUUCCGGAUCUGCGGCGGCCAGUACUAUGAUCGGACAUCGUUAUGGUGCGGAGGCGGGGGCGGUGGCUACCGAUCUGACGGGAGGGGUCAAGAACGUCGGGUUGGUGUACAUCGACGCCUCUGGAGUCAGCCGCAAAGCGCUUCUGAAGUCUGUGGCGAAAGGCAUGGUUGUGGGACGGAUGAAGGAUGGGAAGCAGGUCGUUGUUGGUGGUGGUCCGGCACCCUCCACGCCACCUGGACCUGCCGGCCUGAACCAGCCUGGGUAUUCGUCUGGCGGGAACCCUCAGAUGCGACGCCCAUCUCCAACCCCAACGCCCCCUCCCGCAUAUGGUGCUCCUAACACCAUGUCUCUGGGGGGUACCUCCAUGUCAGGGGGCAAGCGAUGA